CCUUUCUUCCUUGCCUAAAAACCUGAUAUUGGUAACUCGCACCCCAUUUAUUAUCACCUGCAACAAUUCUUUUGGUCAAACAAAAAAUUGUUUUUUUUUUUGACACAAAAUCUACACCCACUGGGAAGAUAAAAAAUCAUCUCCUCCGAUUGCAAAGUCUGGAAUUAUGGAAGUGCUUUCCCCAUAUUUCCCUCAAGAGGAGGCAGAAACAAGUCUUCUGCAUGUUGAAGAACCAAACCUUCUGAAACUUCCAGCACAAGUUCAAGCUGAAAAUCCACAAGGUGAUGGCACUGAAAGCCACGAUGGAGGUCAAUGGGCCGUUGAGGAUAUGUCAACUUCUAUAGCACAUUUUUCUACGGAUGCAUAUCGUGAAUAUGAAGAGGAUGGUCGAAAAUUGUCCUCUUGUUCCCAUGAAUCGGAUGAUGAAAACACAGAGAGCUCACAGCCGUUUGUAAAUGCAAUUGAAAGCGAGAAACUAAAUAAUAACCAUGAGGGAGAAGCCGUUCCAUGUGAAACCCCAUUGCUAGAAAGAGAUGAAACUUCAGCAGUAUGGGUAAAGUGGAGGGGUAGGUGGCAAGCAGGAAUCAAAUGUGAGAGAGCUGAUUGGCCAUUGUCAACUAUGAGAGCAAAACCAACACACGACAGGAAAAAGUAUCUUGUGAUUUUCUUUCCCCGGACCCGCAACUUUUCAUGGGCUGAUGUGUUUCUGGUUUGCCCAAUAAAUCAAUUUCCAGAGCCCAUUGCAUAUAAGACACAUAAUGUUGGAGUUAAAAUGGUCAAAGAUCUGACUCUUCCUCACCGUUUCAUCGUGCAAAAGCUUGCUGUUGGCAUACUUAAUAUCUUUGAUCAGUUACAUAGACAGGUUCUUGUGGAAACCGCUCGCAAUAUAGUGGUAUGGAAGGAAUUUGCAACAGAGGCUUCCCGGUGUAAAGACUAUCCUGAUAUUGGAAGGAUGCUUUUGAAAUUUCAAGAUAUCAUACUUCCAUGUUACAAAAGUUCGCUUUGGCUGGAAAAGUCGCUGCAGUCUUGGGUUCAACAGUGUCAGAAUGCAAACAGUGCAGAAGCCACGGAAAUGCUGAAGGAGGAAAUGGUUGAUUCUAUUCUUUGGAAUGACAUAAGUGCUCUCCCCAGUGAUCCUGCCCAUCUUGAACUUAACAUGGAAUGGAAGAACUACAAGCAAGAGGCUAUGAAAUGGUUUUCAGUUUCAAACCCUGUAUCAACAACCGUUGGAAGCUUGCAAAAACUGAGUUCUGAUAGCAGCAGCGUAUUGGAGGAGGUUGGAAAUCAGCAGUGCAAGAAGAGGCCCAAACUCGAAGUCAGACGCGCUGAUGCACAUCCUUUGCAGCAGGCUGGCCAUGAAUCGGGUGUAACUCAAAUCGGCUCUAGUUUCUUUGACGGCUGUGAUGCUUUGGAUAACACUUCAUUAGAUUCUGAGCAUACAAAGGAUAAUUCUGUGUUGACACCUAAAUCUGAUAAGGGGUUGAAUAAGAACCGCCAAUGUAUAGCUUUCAUUGAAGCUAAGGGGAGGCAGUGUGUGAGAUGGGCGAAUGAUGGUGACGUCUAUUGUUGUGUUCAUUUGGUUUCCCGUUUUGCAACAACCCCUUCAAAAACUGAAGGAACACCCUUUGAGGUGGGAAUGUGUGAAGGCACCACCGUUCUCGGGACUAAAUGCAAACACCGUUCCCUCAUUGGCUCAUCUUUCUGCAAGAAGCAUGGGCCCAAGAGUGGUGAUAUUAAAAAUUUGUCCUUUAGCUCGCCCGAGAUUAAACUUACCAAGAAGAGAAAACAAGAAGAGAUCCUUGAUGUGGAUCCCAUCUCGGUCAUAGGUGGAAACAGCUUAGUUCCAAUGUCCGAGUAUCAUCAUCAUCCUCAUCCAAAAGAGUAUAGCAACAAUACUGAUGAAGUGCUGAUGUGCGUGGGUUUGUGGGCCCAAGAUGGUGGGGAACCUUGUUCGGAAACUGCAAAGCGGCAUACGUUAUACUGCGAUAAGCACCUGCCAAGCUGGCUUAAGCGUGCAAGGGACGGUAAGAGUAGGAUAAUCUCAAAGGAAGUGUUUGUUGAGCUUCUUAGGAGUUGUGGUCAGUCAAGGGAGAAAAAGCUUCAUUUGCAUCAAGCUUGUGAGCUGUUCUACGGGCUAUUAAAAACCCUUCUUUCCAGGCGAAAUGUGGUCCCAAAAGAAGCCCAGUUUCAGUGGGCCAUAACCGAGGCUUCUAAAGACGUGAGUGUUAGGGAAUUCUUGUUGAGACUGGUUUUUGGCGAGAAAGAGAGGAUAAAGAGGCACUGGGGCUUCAGCUUUAACGAAUCAGGAACUGCUAAUAUUCAGGAGGAGGAUGGGAGUGUUAUUAGGUGCAAAAUUUGCUCAGAAGCAUUUUUGAAUGACCAAGAACUCGGUACACACUGGAUGGAUAACCAUAACAAGGAAGCUCAAGGGCUCUUCAGGGGUUAUGCUUGUGCAAUAUGCCUUGAUUCUUUCACUGACAAAAAGGUUCUGGAAUCUCACGUGCAGGAGAGGCACCACGUGGAGUUUGUUGAACAGUGCAUGCUUUUCCAAUGCAUUCCCUGCAGUAGCCAUUUUGGAAACCAAGAACAAUUAUGGUCUCACGUGCUUUCUGUACAUCCUUCCAACUUCAGGCUCUCAAACCCUCAUCCUCAUCCUUAUCAAGCUUCUCAACCAUCUGGGAGUGAAGAUCUUUCGCUGGAUGCUGUUGAGAAGGAGGGUGGAAAGUCAGUAGUGUCUGUAGAGAAUAUCAACUCUGAAGGUCAAAAAUUCACAUGUAAAUUUUGUGGCCUCAAGUUUGAUUUGCUGCCUGAUCUUGGUCGACAUCAUCAAGCCGCUCAUAUGGGUCCCAGUCUUGUCGCCUCACGUCUCUCAAAGAGAGGCAUCCGUUUUUAUGCCUAUAAGCUGAAAUCCGGACGGCUUACCCGCCCAAAAUUCAAGAAAAGUCUGGCUUCUGCAGCUUCGUAUAGAAUCAGGAGCAGAAGUGCGCAGACUAUUAAAAAGCGCAUCCAGUCAGCAAAUCCAGCUGGCACUGUGGUGCGUCUAAGUAUACCCCCAGAGGCCUCCUCUAGCCUUGACAACUUGGGUCAUGACCAAUGCUUGACUAUUGCAAAGAUAUUGUUUGCUGAGAUGAAGAAAACAANUUCUUGAAUUUUGGGCGGGUAAGCCGUCCGGAUUUCAGCUUAUAG